AUGGCGGACCCUAGUACCUACGAUUUCUUCAACCUCACCGCUCAUUCCUCAAAAAAACUAAAUUCGUGCUCCACUUCGCGAUUGUUCUCCUGCCUCUACUGCAACCGCAAAUUUUGCACUUCUCAGGCCUUAGGCGGCCAUCAGAACGCGCACAAGCGCGAGAGAGCAGCCACUAGGCGAAAUCUCGCCACCGGAGAUGCGAUCUCCCGCCUCCACGUCCAUCAGCCCGGCGGCGUCGAGCUCAGCUCGCCGUCGUCGUACGGCCACUGGUUGCAGCACUCGCUGGACGACGGAUCGAGCACCGUCGCGCCUCUGGAGAUCUUCGGCGGCGGUAGAUCGGUUUCCGAUCGGCUCUCGGUAGGUGAUUCCGGCGAAAACGUAAACCUCGAUCUCACGCUUCGCUUGUGA